AAGACUUGAAUAAUGUCAACUACAUCGCUGGAUAAAGAGCUGCAGGAGCGUCUGAGAGAGGCUAGUGCAAUCGGAGACAUUGACGAAGUGAAGACUUUAGUGGAAAGCGGAGUGAACGUCAACUCGCAGAAUGAGAUUAACGGAUGGACAUGUUUGCAUUGGGCCUGUAAACGAAACCACAAACAGAUAGUGGCCUAUCUUUUGAACGCUGGAGCCGACAAAGACAUUCUAACUGCGAAAGAGGAGUUAGCUGUUCAGCUUACAUCCAAGCCUGAAAUCAGAAAACUACUUGGAGUGGAAGAAGAGGAUGUGCCUGAGGUUAAGGAGCCAGAGCUGCCCAUCAUUCCAAACUAUCUUUCCAACCCGCCCUUCCUGUACAGCAAGAUGGAUAAAGAUAAUCUUAGCAUAGCACAGCAUGUGUCACAAAAUGGCACCAACAAUCACUCUGAGCCUCUGGUCUCUGAACCAGCUACUUUGUCCCCAACACAAGAGCAGCAACUUCCACCUCAACAUCAACAGCCCAAGAGCCUUUACCUAGACACCCAGAGCCAGCAAGACUUGCCCUACAUCCCUGUUGUGGAGCAGAAUGGUGUGGUAACAAACCCGGUGGUCAACGGCGCCCUGCCCAUGGAGCUCUCCACAGAGACUCAUCACUCCAAUCACUGCGAGUUUUCUCACCCUCAGACUAUAGCACACAAUGGCCCGGUGUGCCCCACACUUCCUUCUCCCAACGGGACCACCGGACAGCCGCAGGUUCCCAAUGCCACCGUCACCCGCCAGCAGUCAAUCCCUCAGCAGAUCAACUGCUCCCAGCUCGGUGGCUCUAUGCCUGCUUUCCAACCAUUCUUUUUCACCAGCACUUUUCCAGUUAACGUACAAGAGCUAGUCUUGAAAGUGCGGAUCCAGAACACUAACGUGAGAGAGAACGACUUCAUCGAGGUGGAGCUGGACAGGCAGGAUCUGACAUACCGCGCUCUCCUCCGCGUUUGCUGCCGUGAGCUAGACAUCAGUGCCGAACACGUGGAAAAGAUACGCAAGCUGCCCAACACCAUGCUCAGAAAGGAUAAAGAUGUGGCACGACUUCAGGACUUUCAGGAGUUGGAGGUGGUGCUAGAGAAAACAGAAGGUUUGUCGCUGUUCUCCGGGGGUCAGGGAGGACUAACCGAUCGGCCCUGCUACAACAUGAAGGCUUCCAGGCUCACCUACUAGCUUCACAUUAGUGCCAGCAUUGGGCAAACUUCCCGGCUAUCUGGGACUGUCUAUUACUCAUGUUGGAUCCCAAAACGCGUUCAAGUACAUAAUAGCAUAUUAGCCUUAUUCCUCCUCUUCUAGUUUACAUAUUCCCCUUACUCGUUAACAGAUCUUUAGUGCCUCCUUCUCCAAUAUAACAAUAGACAUCUUGUUUUUCAGUCUUAACAGACUUUGCCAAGUUCAACUCUUGAGAGGAAGGGUUACUUUCCAUUGUACAUGAGAAAACCACCUCCCCUGCUUGAAUUUGAAUAUUUAAAUCCAUGCAGCUCAUGAUUGGACCUGGGAACAUUUUUAAAUCCACAAAUUUGCAUAGUAUCAUUCCAUAGCGCUUGUUCAAAUCUGUCUCACUGCCUUACCUUUAUAUCGGGUCACUGUGUGAGAGUAGGUGCGUUCCGUCACCUGAUUGGUUGAUCAUACACCCAGCCCAAAAUGCAUACACAAUACUGGCCUAUUUUAAGAGGGAGAUACAAAAUGCUAGCAAAGCAUAUAUACAAUCAUUUCAGUUUAUAAAACACUUCUCAACUUGUUUAGUGGGUUUCAUGCCUGCAUUGAUUGGGAGAAGCCACAAUUCAGUUAUAUUUCUUAUAAAUGCAGACAUGCUUCAAAAUGAAGACGUACUGUAUUUUGUUGCCAGACAACUCUCUGCGCACUAAAAAAACCAAACAAUUUAUUUAACCAUUUUGAAUUUCAGUGCUGUAUUUCAAAUGCUGUUUUAUCAUUCAUUGUAAGCCAAAUAACUUGUUCUAUAUACUAUAAGCAUGGACUGAUUGGGAAUAGACUGUAUGGUCUUUUAUGAAGGCAAAAUGCCCCUUGUUUCUAUUGAGCUAAAUACUGUAGGAAAAGAUUUGUUAUAUUCCCCAUAGGAGGUGUUUAAUUGGAGAUAUUUAACCACAAGGAGCUUCAAUUGAUUCUCAUAUUAACCUCCCUUGAGAAGGUUUCUUUGAAUUUAAUUUAAGAUGCGUAAUACUAAGAUUUGAAAAGCAGGAUCUGUGUUUAAGUUAUAGCAGUGAUAGCAGUACCAUUUUACAAAAUGCAGCAAAUGUGGAUCGCAGUUUGGACAGAUAUAGAGUAUGGGCAAAUGCUUGAGGUUAGAUGCAUAAACACUACGUGGUUGUAAAUUAGCAUUUUGUCUCAAUAGAGGUUGUGUUACUGUGAGAACAAUACUCUGAAAGUCAUAAUUUCUAAAGAUUUGUCUACUAAGAAAUUGUUUUUUAGCUUUGUUGGAGGGUUUGGCUGUCUAACACGAGUACACUAUCAUUAAACGUUUGCUAACCAUGCUAUUAUUGUUCAAACGUAACAUUAACCUCCUGAAAAUACAUUGCUAAAUUAUUUACUUUUAAAUGUGCAAUUUUUUAGUAUGAUAUAAUACUAGAAUUUAGGGAUUAAAAGAAGUAUUAUUCACUUCAGCUGAAAUGAAACGAUCUCUUUUAUUAUUGUUUAUUUAUUUAUUUUUUUUUUUAAUUUUUUUUUUUUAGUUUUAAUUCUAAAAAACAUAAAAAAGAAAGAAAAAACAAAGGCACAGUUAAAAAAAAAAAAAAAAAAAGGAUUGUUUCCAGAAUUUCUUUUGGUUUUUUUAAUUUAUAAUUUGGGGUUUUUGACUUUUGAAGGAGGUUGGUUUAAAGUUCAGGGGUUAGUUUACAAGUUAAAAAAGCACUUAACCAUGUUAUAAUUAGUCACGUCCUUGAGAUCAAAUUUUACUUAACCUAUGCAUUGAGAGACAGAUAUUUUACAUGUCCCAUGUACUUUAAUUCAACAGUAGUCUUUGCAAAAAAUCAUGUAUUACUAUUUUGAUUAAACAUGGGACCAAGUUCAAAGCUUCCUGGGUUCAACAGCCAAUGGAAAAACAUUGCUUGUGGGAAAAACACAAAUCAAGUGCACCAUGCCAUUGCAUAACCUCACCAAUAGAGGACAGUCUUGGUAAGAGAUGAGCCCACAGACAGCACUGAUGCUAUCUGUAGGAAUAAGGAAGUAUUUCCACACCAUUACACUCAGUAGUUGUAAGCUGGAGCUUCUGCAGGGUCCAUAGAGCUCUUCAGAGUAACUGACCCAGACUACGGUGCUGUGAAAAAGUAUUUGCCCUCAUCCUGAUUUCUUCUGUUUUUGUGUAUAUCUCAUACUAAAUUGUUUCAAAAAUUAAAACAAAAUCUAACAUAAAAGAAAGGCAAUCUGAGUAAACAAAAAAUUUAAUUUUUAAAUGAUAAUGUUAUUUAUUGAAUCAAAAAUGUUAUCUAGUACCAAUUGGGCCUGUGUGAAAAAGUAUUUGCUUACUAAAUCCCCAAAUCUAUGAAACUGUAAUAUAAUGGGGUUCAGCUGGAUCUGCCAGCCCUGUUCAAUCAAAUCAGCACCUAAAUAGAACUUUUCCAGCAGCAUGAAUUUGGCUAAAAGGUCUCACCCAGUAGCACACAAUGCCAAGGUCAAAAGAAAUUCCAGAAAUUAUGAGGAGAAAGGUGAUUGAAAUACAUCAGUCUGGGAUGGGUUACAAAGCUUUCAAAGAACCACAGUGAGAGCCAUUAUCUCCAAAUGGAGAAAACUUGGCACAGUAGUGAACCUUCCCAGAAGUGGCCAAUCUUCCAAAAUUCUAUCAAGAGCAAAGCUUUGACUCAUCCAGGAAGUCACAAAAAAGCCAAGGACAGCAUCCAAGGAUCUGCAGACCUCUUUCGCAUCAAUAAAUGUCACUGUUCAUGACUCCACUAUCAGAAAGACACUGGGCAAAAAUGUCAUCCAUGGAAGAGUGUCGAGGCAAAAACCACAGCUAACCCAGAAGAACAUUUAGGCUCGAAUGAAGUUUGCCAAAACACACCUUGAUGAUCCUCAAACCUUUUGGGAGAAUGUUCUGUGAACUGAUGAGUCGAAAGUGGACCUGUAUGGAAGACAGGGGUCCCGUUACAUCUGAUGUAAAUCAAACACAGAAUUCCACAAACAGAACAUCAUACCUACGGUCAAGCAUGGUAAUGGUAGUGUGAUGGUGUGGGGAUGCUUUGCUGCUUCAGGGCGACUUGCAAUAAUUGAGGGAAACAUGAAUUCUGCUCCCUAACCGAAAAUCGAAAAGGAGAACAUCUGGUCAUCAGUCCAUGAGUUGAAGCUCAAGCACAACUAGAUUAUGCAGCAAGACAAUGAUCCAAAGCAUAGGAAUAAGUCCACCUCUGAAUGGCUCAAAAGAAGUUUUUGAGUGGCCUAGUCAAAGUCCUGACAUGAACCCCAUUGAGAUGCUGUGGCAGGACCUUAAACGGGCAGUUCAUGCUCGAAAACCCUCCAUCAUGGCUGAACUAAAGUAGUUCUGCAAAGAGAGGUGGGCCAAAAUUCCACCACAGUGUUGUGAAAGACAGAUAUCCGCGUUUGGUUGCAGUUAUUGCUGCUAAAGGUGGCACAACCAGCUGUUACGUUUAAGGGGGCAGUUCGUUUUUCACAUGGGUGAUAUAGGUGUUGGAUAACUUAAUUUAUUUGCUUCAAUAAAAAAAUAUAUAUAUUUGAAAACUGUAUUUUGUGUUUACUCAGGUUGCUUUUAUUUAGUUAUAUCUUGUUUGAAGAUCUAAAACAAUUUAGUAUGAAAAAUACACAAAAAUAGAAUAAAUCAGGAAAAUACUUUUAAACCUGAUACGAAACCAAAUACUUUUUCACAUCACUGUAUAUAGCAUUUCAAAAACGUUUUAUAAACACCUCUGUUAUUGAAGAAUGACUUAAUAUCCAUUUAGAUGUUUUUAGAACAUUCUUAAAGAAUCUUAGAUCACAGCCAUUGAGACUAGUAUAGAGGCGAACUCUGAUCCAAGAUCAGCUUCUGUGGUCUUGCUCAAAAAGUGAGGGCAUAUGUUAGGAAAAAGGAGGAAUAUAGAAUAUGAUCUGUCGGCAUAGAUGCAACUCAUACUCUUUGUUUUAUUAAAAUAAAGGAAACAAUGUAAGGUGGAUUCCGUCAAUGAAAUGUAGAUUAAUCUUGCAGUUGUCACAUACGCCAGUCUAGACAAGCUGAAAAUUGCAAUAAUAUUUCUGACAUAAAUUUCAAAUAUAAAAUUUAAAUUGAGAAAAUUAUAUCACAGACACUAGGUUAAGAAUUUAUGUAGUCUUAAGUGAGUGUUGGUUUCUUUAAAGAAAUGUUCUGGGUUCAAUGCAAGUAAAGCUCAAUCAAUGACAUUUGUGGCAUAAUGUUGAUUACCACAAAAUAACAUUCCAACUUGUCACUCGUUUAUCUAAAAAAAAAAAAGAAGCAAAAA